AUGAGUGGAAGAUUCUUUUUUAAAUUAAAGCAUUUGAAUACUGAGACAGAUAUCAGUGAAGGGUUAAGAAGUAAUUUAUUAGAAACUGUGACACGUAGACUAGGUGGUUUUGAAACGAGCAAAAUUGUUGCAAAGGCUUGUUUUCUAGAUCCAAGAUUUAAAAAAGUUGGAUUUGGUACAGAAAAUAAUGCGGACAAUGCGCAAAAAUGGGUAACUGAAGAACUUAAACAGCUUAUUGCCAGUAGAAACGCAGACAAUGAGCCUGUGGAAAUGUAUGCCGAACCACAAACAUUAGGUAAUACUUCUAAUUCUGAGGACGAUAUUUGGUUGCAUUUUGAUAAUAAGUUGACUAAAAUAACACAAAUUUCCACUCCGUCAUCUAUGGUUAUUUUAAUCGUAAGGCAAUAUUUGGAAAUGGCGACAUUAGAACGCAAAAGAGAUCCAUUAGAAUUCUGGACUAAACAUAAACUUCUUUUUCCCGAAAUAAUGAAGCGUUGGGAGAGAACAAGGCCACUAACAAUAAAAGAACAUGAAGAAAUAAUUAACAAUCCUAAUUGGGACGACUCUGAAAUGGAGUAUGAAAGCGAUGAUGAGUCGGGCAAUGAGGAGGAUCAAGAUUGGACGAUGGAAAAUUUCUCGGAAAUGGAGGAUAACCUAGAAAUUCAAAGUGAAGAGGAAUCAGAGGAAGAACCAACGGGAUCUCAAGAAGAGGCUGAGGAAGAAGAUCCUACGAAACCUCAUGUUGAGAAAGGUAGUAAUAUAAAAUAUACUUCCAAAUCAGGCUUGCAGUGGAAUAGUCAGCCUUUUGUGACCACUAGAAGACGCCAGAAGAAUAUUUUAUUAUUUAGAAUGAAGCGUUGGGAGAGAACAAGGCCACUAACAAUAAAAGAACAUGAAGAAAUAAUUAACAAUCCUAAUUGGGACGACUCUGAAAUGGAGUAUGAAAGCGAUGAUGAGUCGGGCAAUGAGGAGGAUCAAGAUUGGACGAUGGAAAAUUUCUCGGAAAUGGAGGAUAACCUAGAAAUUCAAAUUUUAAUUGGAAUGUCAACGAAAUACAAAGAUUUUUCUGAUCUUGGUCUGAGGCAGAGGCGAAGAAGAUUGAUGUCAAUAAAAAAUGAAGAAGCUAUAGCAAGUCAACAAUGCGAUGAUGUUUAUUCCAGGACAACUAAAUGCGAUGAAGAUGUAGGUGAGAAACAAACUCUUCACUUGGACAAGGAUGGGUUUUUGUCGCCAUCGGCAGCACCAUCUCGUUUAAAGGACACUAACAGCAGUCCCAGCCCACCAGUGACGGAAUCAAAAAUUAUUAGUGCUCAGGAAAUUUUUUAUGACGAUUCCAAGCGCACACCUAGUGGGUACUUGGCAUGGAGGCUACGUACAGUAGUACGCAACCAGUUGUCACCCCAAACUGAUAAGGGGCUCAAGAGAAGAAGUGAAUCUAAUACUUCGGAAGAAGAGUCUGCUCCUAAAAAGAGAAAUUGGUUAACAGAAGACGAGAAAGCGGCAAUUAAGUUUUUAAAAUAUGCAUGUCCUAAGACACAAAAAGAUGAAAUAUGA